AUGGAGCUUCCACCUCUCCCACGGGCACCGAGCGCAACGGGCGGGAGCUUCUCUCCAGCCUCCAGAUCAAUCGGUGUGGCGUCCAUCUUGAAUGCUACCGACAACGAUGACGGGCCUCAAUCGCGAAGACGAAAAGCGUCUCAACUGGAAUCACCUUCUUCAUCGAUGCACAUCCUCCCACUUUUGGCGACAAGCGACCCAACUUAUCACGCGACGAGUGCGGGUGCCACGCCAACGUCUAUGAACUUUUCCAGUUCCGUGGGCGAAAGAGCACCCAGAAGGAUCCUCACCCCUAGAUCACCGUCCCUGCAUCGAGCAGCUAGUCUGAACCAGCUGAACCCGCCGUCUGCGACUCUGAAUACUCAAUAUAUGCCAUUCGCGGUCUCUCCACGCAAUCGCAUGUAUGCCAUCGAGCCUGGAACUUCGGGAGCACCACCUCUUCCAACACCCCCAGCGGCAGCAAGGCAGUCGUAUGGAUUCCCUGCCCCCACGCCUCCCACUCAUGUUGCUCGCAGAGCCAGUUUGGGUGGUGCUCGCGGAAUGAGGCCAGCGUCUGAGAGCACGAGCCCCAGGUCUUCCUACUCAUCAUACAGCCAAGCCGGCCAAACGUCACCGCCAGCUCUAUCUGCGCCUGCUGGAAUGCCCACUCUGUCAUCUGCGUACUCAGCUGGCCCUGAAUCAUCAUCCAUUGGUGGACCAGGAGUCGGUAGUGCGCCAACCUCCGUUGGACCAGAUCGACAGCGUCCGAUGGGUGUACCGACAUCGUCAUCUGGCGGGCAGAACGUGUAUCAAAUGAUGACUCUCGAGACCACAUCAGGCACUGUACAACUUCCAGUUGACGUGCAAGCAGCAUCGCGCGUAGCGGACGAAAAGAGAAGGCGCAAUGCGGGUGCAAGCGCGCGGUUUCGGCAGAGAAGGAAGGAGAAGGAGAAAGAGGCUUCUUCGACGAUUUCCAGACUGGAGCAGCAGGUGAAGGAACUGGGUGAGGAUAUGGAUUUCUAUAAGCGCGAACGCGAUUACCUGGCGGGUGUGGUGUUGCAAGUGCCUGGAGGAGAUCGACACUUUCCACGACCUCAAUCGCCACGCCAUCGAAGGAGCUCGUCACUUGCCGGUCCCAGCAGUGCAGGGUAUGUGCCAAUUCAAGAACAAGGCGGGCGAAGUCCAGACGAUGGACGCAAUCUUCGACGCAGGACUUCGACUCUGUCCCUUCCUCCGCCACCGCAACCGCAGGGUCUGCAAGGACCCCCACCACCCUUUCAACCAUCAGGUUACGCGCCGCACACCUACGGUCAACCCCUUGCUCCACAGCCUCCACCACCUCCACCUCCAACCGCACAGCCUGGCAGUGGGCCGCUGCCAUCUCCAUUGGGGGCCAGAGGCACGUUACCUCCACCUCCUGGACCACCACCUUUGAUGCAAGCCCCUCCUCAGACAGGACCAUGGAAUCCAUACGCGAAUCGCAGACCUGGUGGUAAUGGUCCACCGCCAAACAGAGACGGUCGAUAA